AUGCAGGUCCGACAAAACAGGAGACGACAUACUGAACAUUUUUGGGAUGGUGUGCACUUGAAGCUGGAUGAUUUAAAACAGAAAGCUCGGGAAGCAGGUCUGUACAGUCAAUACCUCGACAAGGAAAACAUCCCAGAAUACCCUAAACCAGAGCUCCAUGUGAUUCGUCUGAAACAUGACACAAAUGAAGAAGGUUUACGUGGCAUCAGGGAGGAUGAAGGCUUCAGGAAUCCCUACCAACAGGACCCUGAACCUGGUCUCCUGUGGUGGUAUCCGGUUGUAGGGCCAGAAGAGGUGAGGUCAGUUGAGACCAGACUCCUGGAGAAAACCUUCCCAGACUGGACCAAGGAGCAGGCUGACACCCAGCAGAGCCUCCUGUGGAGGUUCGCCACCUCCCCGGCCUUUAAGAAUGAGACGUCCCGGCUGGGCUCGUACCGCUUCACCUUCCCCCUGGAGGACGUCCUGUGGAACUACAGCCAGCAGUUUUGUUCUGGUCAGCAGCCGGUCAUGAGGGUCUACAACACUAUCCUGUACAAACAGGAAUUCCAAUAUACUGUCCUGGUCCACAGUCCAGCCAACGAGGAGCAGUUCUCUAGGUUUCCUUUGCUGAGCGACCACCCAAACGCUGUGUGCGUUUACAGAGACGGUCGCUUCGUCUGGAGGCCGGAGGCCAUGUGUGAGACUCACAGGUACAAGUUGGUCCAGAAACCUGAUGAAAAAGAGAUGAAAGCUCAGGAGCUGUUUGGUUGGGACAUUCAAUUCUAUGUCUGGGAUAUCGUUGCCAUCGCCCUGUAUGUGGAUAAAGAGGUGCUGAAGUUUGGUGCUGAUCGUCUGAGAGAGAACCUCAGCUUCUGUGAAAAAGAUGUAGUAACAACUAGUCGUGGAGAGGAAUUUGAUACUUUCGCUGAUGCUGAAGUCCUGGUGAAUAAGUUGUGGUCAAACGGUGACAUGAAACUGAAGAAAGAGAUUUCACUGGAGCAGAGCUUCACAGAAGCUGCUGGAGGAGGACCGGUCAAGUUGGAGGAGGACAUGGAGUACAUGUAGUAUAAUCUUAAAGCCUGUGAUGUGCUAAAAAGAAGAUAAAUUAAAAAGAUGCAUGCUGAAUGACUAUGACGUCAUGUUUGAUUGAUUAUCCUGAUAUAUCUGAUAAUAAUACCUUUAGUUUGAUCAUGUUUGAUUAUAAUGAUAUAAUUGAAUUACAAUGAUGAGCCUGAUCAUAGUGUCAUAGUUUGAUUACAAUAUGAUGUUUGAUGUGAUGGGCCUUCACCAGGUAUGUACUACUAGAACACAAAGGGAGAGCACUGAAUUUAAAAAAAAGUAUAUCUACUGUAUUUCUCAUAAGAGCACAGGUGUAUGUAGAAGAUAGUUGCACUUAUUACACUUGGUGAAAUUCAGUUUGCAAUAAACUUAAAGAAAUUGAGCUAAAGAGUGAGGAUUUUUUGAGACUCCAAAGAGAAGACACCACCAGGCUGAAAUGAACAUAUGCCAGGGACAAUUUGUUUACAAGGGUCUCCUAUUCGAUAUAAUUUGACACAACAGACACUGACCCAUAGAUACCACGUCCUACAGAUUUAACCUGGAGAUUUAAAUAUGUUCUACUUCUUUAACCAAGUAAAAUAAGAAUCAGUACAUUAUACAGAACAUUAUAUCUAAAUGAUCAGGCUGACUCUGGUUUAAUUGUAAUAAAUGACGUAUCUAUCUAUCUAUUCGCUCCAGAGAUAUUAUGCAGAUAUGUUGGAGAUAUUAUGAAUAUUUACAUUACAUUACAAUUGAUAUUAUUUCUGUGGUUGUGCUCUGUAGUGAAACUCUAGAAACUAAUGGAUCUGUUUCUGGUGGAAGCGUUGGCUCCAGUGACACAAUGACUGUGAAAGUGUUUGCUCUUUGCCAAUAUAUUCUGUGGUGAUUAAACUCUGAUUAAUAAAA